AUGACGCGCCUAGCACCGCUGCUGCUCGCCAGCUUGUCCUCUUUCCUCUCCAGCGCCAUCGCCCAAACCAACGACACCACCCGCGCCUACCAAGCCCUCGUCGAACUCGACCAAGUCUUCCCCCAAAACGCAACCUACACCCCCGCCCCGGUCUUCCCCAUCGUCUUCGCCCUCCAAGACCUCCCCCGUGCUUGGGCAUCCACCUACGUCCGAGUCACCUGGAUCCUUUCUUCUGUCGAGGGGCUCUACCCCGGUAAAUACGAAAACGGCACCAUCACCAUCGACCACGCCGACUACCCGGACCCGUACUACAUCACGGCUUGGAGUCGCCGCCUCAAUAGCACCAAUGCCGCGGGCCACUACUACCUGUAUUGGUUCCUCGAGUACGAAGAGUGUCUCGGCGUCGACGUUCCUUCGACUGGUAUUGACUUCAAGUCGCGCAACGGCGUGCUACAAUUCACCCUCGCGUCGGAGUCGAACUCGGACAACAAAGCCCAGAAGCCCGACCUGCUAAACGUCGUGGACAAAUGUCCCGUCGUCAACGGCGCGUUCAAAAUCAGGGGUACCUUUGACAGGGAGGGCGGUGCCAAACCAGACCUGAUUAAUCAGACCCGGUCCGAAUGUGCUGUGCUUGACCGUGCGGAGCCCACGGGCAAUCCGUGUGCGGCGAAGCUGGAUGAGAAGACGGCCAAGAACAUUACGGCCGAGUUGAAGGCUUUGGCUUGUGCUGCGGACGGGUGUGAUACAGCGGGUGGUGAUCAGCAGAACGGAAACGGGAACGGAGGUGGUAAGGGGGACGACGGCUCGGGGGCUGGGAUUUUGAGGUGGAGUUCGAGGGUUUUGAUGGGGUGCGUGGUGGCGAGUGUGAUGCAGUGGUACUUGUAG